GGGGUUUCACUAGGAGGAGUCGAGGGGAGUGGCCAAUCGCGCUUGACAACGACGUCGACGUCAGCUGACGUUGCUGGCGGGAACUCUCAACUUCUGUUCCUUGUUUUCUUCCGCGCGGGACUUUGCCACUAUUCACUCAAGAGGGAUAUUUCACAUUGCUGUUUUGGAAAUGCCUUGUGAAAGAAAGCCGAUGCGUUAUGGCCAUUCCGAGGGACACACUGAUGUUUGCUUUGACGACAGUGGAAAGUUCCUCGUAACGUGUGGGAGUGAUGGAGACGUGAGGAUCUGGGAGAGCCUGGAGGACGACGAUCCCAAGUCCAUCAGCGUGGGAGAGAAGGCCUACUCCCUAGCACUGAAGAGGGGUAAGCUGGUGACCGCAGCCUCCAACAACACGGUCCAGAUCCACACCUUCCCCGACGGCGACCCCGACGGGAUUCUGACCCGGUUCACCACCCACGCCACUCACGUCUGCUUCAACGCGAGCGGAUCCAGAGUGGCUGCGGGCUCCAGUGACUUCAUGGUGAAGGUUGUGGAGGUGGCUGACAGUAGCCAGCAGAAGACUUUCCGGGGCCAUGAUGCACCUGUGCUGAGUGUGACCUUUGACCCCAAGGAUGAGUUCCUGGCCUCAGCCAGUUGUGAUGGGUCUGUGGUCGUGUGGAACAUUGAGGAGCAGACUCAGAUCACCAGCUGGCCUUUGCUCCAGAAGUCCAAUGACGUCAGCAAUGCCAAGUCCCUGUGUCGACUGGCCUGGCAGCCCGGAUCAGCCAAGUUUCUGGCCGUUCCCGUGGAAACCAAAGUGCUGCUAUACGAGAGGGACACCUGGUCUCAUGUGAGCACCCUCACCGAUGACCUCAUCACACAGCCAAUCAACGUGGUUGCCUGGUCGCAGUGUGGGAAGUUCUUGGCAGCUGGCAGUGUCGGAGGCUUGCUGACGGUCUGGGACGUGGAGACCAAGCUGUGUUUGGAGAGGCAGAAGCAUGAGAAGGGCUUCACCGUGUGUGGGUUGGCCUGGCAUCCCUCCGGCAACCAGCUAGCGUACACGGAUACGGAGGGUUGCCUGGGCAUGCUGGAUGGUCUCUCCCCCUCUACCGCUGGCACCACGAAAGCCAUGCAGGCGGCGCCCAGCGAGGCCAAGGAGUACGACGACCUGUUUGACGACGAUGAUGACGACAGAGUCCUGGACGAAGGCGCCAGCGACACGCGCUCUCCUUCCAAGAACGCUCGCGUCGCUGGGGCCGGCGAGGACGAGGAUGACGACCUCAUGCCCGCCACGGGGCGCGCGCGGAACCGCGCUGCGUUCCUGGAGGACGACAACUCUCGAGAUGCUGGCUCUCUGAAGCUGGGUGUGGAUGCGUUUGCAGAGGAUGAUGAUGCUGGGAGCACCACAGCGCCCCUCUCAGCCCAGGCCGCGCCCCCCAGGCCGCUGUACCACGGGCCCAUGCCCACCCCGCCCCAGAAGGCCUUCCAGCCUGGCUCCACCCCUGCACACCUCAUGCACCGCUUCAUGAUGUGGAACUCGGUGGGGAUCGUGCGCGGCUACAACGACGACCAGGACAACGCCAUCGACGUGGAGUUCCACGACACGUCCGUCCACCACGCCAUCCACCUGACUAACUCCCUGGGCCACAGCGUGGUGGACCUGUCCCAGGAGGCCGUGCUGCUGGCCUGCCCCGGCACUGAGGAGCUGGCCAGUAAGCUCCAGUGCCUGCACUUUGCGUCGUGGGACACCAACAAAGAGUGGCUGGUGGACCUUCCUCCGGGUGAGGAUGUGCGUGCGGUGUGCCUGGGGCAGGGCUGGGCGGCGGCAGCCACCAGCGCCCUGCUGCUCCGCCUCUUCUCCAUCGGGGGCGUCCAGAGGGAGCUGCUCUGCCUGCCGGGGCCCGUGGUCUGCAUGGCGGCCCAUGGGGAACAGCUGCUGCUAGCAUACCACAGAGGUACCGGCUUCGACGGAGAGCAGGCGUUGGGGGUGCAGCUGCUUCAGUUGGGCCUCAGGAAGAGACGGGUCAUACAUGGAGAGCCACUCCCACUCUCCAGGAGGUCUCACCUGUCCUGGCUCGGCUUCACCGCCGAGGGAACGCCGUGUUACACUGACUCUGAGGGCGUGGUGCGCCUGCUCAAUCGCUCCCUGGGGAACACCUGGGUCCCCGUGUGCAACACCCGGGACAGCUGCAAGGGCAAGUCGGACCACUACUGGGUGGUGGGCGUGCAUGAACACCCCCAGCAGCUCCGGUGUAUCCCUUGUAAGGGAUCCAGGUUCCCUCCCACGCUCCCCCGGCCGGCUGUGGCCGUCCUGCCCUUCAAGCUGCCCCUGUGUCAGACCGCCACAGAGAAGGGGCUGAUGGAAGAGCAGUACUGGCGCUCGGCGCUCCUACACAACCACUAUGACUUCCUGUCGUCCUGCGGCUAUGAGGUGGACGAGGAGGGCCAGAGCCAGUCCCAGAAGGAACAGCAGGAACUCCUCAUGAAGAUGUUUGCUCUGUCCUGUAAGCUGGACCGUGAGGUCCGCUGCGUGGAGCUUGCUGAGCUCAUGACCCAGAGCGUGGUGACGCUCGCCAUCCGCUACGCCUCGCGUUCCCGACGCAUGGCCCUGGCCCAGCGCCUCAGCGAGCUCGCCCUGGAGAAGGCCAAUCAGCUGCAGGGGGAGGAGCCAGAGGAAGAAGAGGAGGAGCAGUACAGCAGCGCCAGGAGGAAUUCUGGUCGCAGGCAGGGUGAGCAGAGUUCUAGCCGCCACCACAGCACCAGAGAAACCCAGGAGGAGGAGGAGGAGGAGGAGAGUCAGGAUGGACAGAUGGACACAGAGGAAGCUGCAGGGAACAGGAGGCAGGGUCUGAAUCCAUUCGCCAAAGGAGCGACUUUAUCCCCCGAGAAACCCAGUCUGAAUCCUGUGAGCAAGGAAGGUCGAGUGAAUCCCUUCAAGGUGUCGGAGGCGGGUAAGUCCCCGGGUUUGUCGGGUCAGCCCAGGGUCGCCAGCAUCCUGGACAGCAUGAGCUCAUCCAGCAGGAAGCCCUCUCCUCUCCUGGGCUCUGGAGGGAAGCAGGGCAGGACCACUGUCCUCAAACCUCUGGCACCCAGAGCCAAGACCAAGACCCAGUCGACACUGCUACAUAUGACAGCCCCCAAAGCAGCCAAUAAGAAGUCGUUGGAGGAGAGGGAGCCGGCUGUGGAUAGGCUGAGAAAGCCAGAAGCUCCGCCUCCGGCCUCCCCAGAAGAGAAUGUGGAGAAUAACAAGCCGAAGACAGGCUUCCAGCUGUGGCUGGAGGAGAACAGGAAGAGCAUCAUGGCAGAGCAUCCUGACCUGGAGGAGACUGGGGUCAUCAAGGAGGCCAUGGGGCGCUUCAGGACCCUGUCUGCUGACGACCGCACGUCCUGGACAGAGAGAGCCAAAGGUCAGUGUGGUGAAGCUGUAGAGCAGAAGAAAAGGAAACGAGAGGAGGAGGAGAGACGGGCAGAGGGGAACACGCAGAACGAGGCAGAGGAGGAGGAGGGCAGCGCUAAGAAGAAGAAGUCCUCAGAUCCCUCAGCCAAGCUGUCGGCGUUCGCUUUCAACAAAAACUAGCACCAGCUCUCCCUUAAGCUCUUCAUUUUUCAGUCGUUUCUUUUCCAGAAAGGCAAAUAUCGCCUGUGUUUUAU